UUCUAAAGCGGAUGACUUAUCGACUGCUAUUCUGAAGCAGAAGAACAGGCCCAAUCGGUUAAUCGUUGAUGAAGCCAUCAAUGAAGACAACAGUGUUGUGUCACUGUCCCAGGCAAAAAUGGAUGAAUUGCAGCUGUUCAGGGGAGACACUGUUCUGCUAAAAGGAAAGAAGCGGAGAGAAGCUGUCUGCAUUGUUCUGUCAGAUGACACCUGCUCAGAUGAGAAGAUUCGCAUGAAUAGGGUUGUUCGCAACAACCUGAGAGUGCGCCUGGGUGACGUGAUCAGCAUCCAGCCUUGCCCAGAUGUGAAAUAUGGCAAACGUAUCCAUGUGCUGCCAAUUGAUGACACGGUAGAAGGGAUCACAGGGAAUCUGUUUGAGGUCUAUCUCAAGCCGUACUUCCUGGAAGCAUACAGACCCAUCAGGAAAGGUGACAUCUUCUUGGUGCGUGGAGGGAUGCGUGCAGUGGAGUUCAAAGUGGUGGAGACAGAUCCAAGUCCGUACUGCAUAGUGGCUCCGGACACAGUGAUCCAUUGUGAAGGAGAGCCCAUCAAACGAGAGGAUGAAGAGGAGUCACUGAAUGAAGUGGGCUAUGAUGACAUUGGUGGCUGCCGGAAGCAGCUGGCUCAAAUCAAAGAGAUGGUGGAACUUCCCCUCCGACACCCUGCGCUCUUCAAGGCCAUAGGGGUGAAGCCUCCACGUGGGAUCUUGCUGUAUGGUCCUCCCGGCACUGGUAAAACACUGAUUGCCCGAGCAGUGGCCAACGAAACGGGGGCUUUCUUCUUCCUGAUCAAUGGUCCUGAGAUAAUGAGCAAGCUGGCUGGUGAGUCUGAGAGUAACCUAAGGAAAGCCUUUGAAGAAGCAGAGAAGAAUGCUCCUGCCAUCAUCUUCAUUGAUGAACUGGAUGCUAUUGCUCCCAAGAGAGAGAAGACACACGGAGAGGUGGAACGUCGCAUAGUGUCUCAGCUGUUGACUCUUAUGGAUGGACUGAAACAGAGAGCACAUGUGAUUGUUAUGGCAGCUACCAACAGACCGAACAGCAUCGACCCAGCACUCAGGCGAUUUGGUCGUUUUGACAGAGAGGUAGAUAUCGGUAUCCCAGAUGCCACUGGGCGCUUGGAGAUCCUGCAGAUCCACACAAAAAAUAUGAAACUGGCUGAUGAUGUGGAUCUGGAACAGGUGGCAAACGAGACCCAUGGCCAUGUUGGUGCUGACUUGGCUGCUCUUUGCUCAGAAGCUGCUCUUCAGGCUAUCAGAAAGAAGAUGGAUCUCAUAGACCUAGAAGAUGAAACUAUUGAUGCUGAAGUAAUGAACUCGCUGGCUGUGACCAUGGAUGACUUCAGGUGGGCUCUGAGCCAGAGCAACCCUUCUGCUCUUCGGGAGACUGUGGUGGAGGUGCCACAAGUUACCUGGGAAGAUAUUGGUGGUCUAGAAGAUGUAAAGAGAGAACUCCAGGAGCUUGUACAGUAUCCUGUGGAGCACCCAGACAAGUUCCUCAAAUUUGGUAUGACCCCAUCAAAAGGGGUUCUGUUCUACGGGCCACCUGGUUGUGGUAAGACACUGCUGGCCAAAGCCAUUGCCAAUGAGUGCCAGGCAAACUUCAUUUCCAUCAAGGGGCCAGAAUUGCUCACCAUGUGGUUUGGCGAGUCUGAAGCCAAUGUGCGCGAGAUCUUUGACAAGGCCCGCCAAGCAGCCCCUUGUGUGCUCUUCUUUGAUGAGCUGGACUCCAUUGCAAAGGCUCGAGGUGGGAAUAUUGGUGAUGGUGGUGGUGCUGCAGACCGCGUCAUCAACCAGAUCCUGACAGAGAUGGACGGCAUGUCCACCAAGAAAAAUGUCUUCAUCAUCGGUGCCACCAACAGGCCAGACAUCAUCGACCCAGCCAUCUUGCGCCCCGGCCGCCUGGAUCAACUCAUCUACAUCCCCCUGCCUGACGAGAAGUCCCGGGUUGCUAUUCUUAAGGCCAACCUGAGGAAAUCGCCAGUUGCCAAGGUAUGAUCUGCACCCUGACUGCAUCCGACUUGGGUUUGCUGUGUGCUGCAUGUGCUCCUCACAAGCU